AAUUGUCUCCACCCCCCAGACUUGACUGUCUCUGUCCUCAUUAGCCUGGUUCAGAUGAUCAACGGGACCCCAGAAGACAGGGGUAAAUGGCUCAUCUCCCGCUUAACCGGGACCUCAUUAACUCUGCAAUGCAGGAGUUCCAGGGUCUGCUGAAGCAGCAGGAAUUUUCCUCCCACGCCGCGAUCCCCUUGGAAGCCAUGGAGAGCAUUGUGGAUGACUGGGUGGCCUACUACAUUUCCUUCUACUCGCCAAGGUUGUCGGGCGAUGAGCUGGAGCAUAGCCAGGCUCAGGAGGAGCUGCAGGGGGAGCUGAGGGCCUCGGCCGAGCCCUUCCUCGCCAAGUACAGAGCCUUCCUGAACUCCCUUUCAGCCUCAGCCCCUUGAUAUCUAGGGAACCUACGGCCUCCGCCCCCCGGAAACAGAAGUUCUGGCCCCCCUCUCCCCGAUGACCCCUUCCUUC